UCUAGUGUUGGGUCUCGCUCUAUUGUACGGUCGCUCAUUUGUCGCUUGUUCGCCAGUGAUUCCCGCAAGAAUCGGGCAAAGUAUUACUAAGGCGGUUUCGACUACCAUGCCCAUUUAACCUUCACCACCACCCACAAAAGGGUUAUUAAAACAAGAUCGAGUUUCAAUUUCUGGAUCCUCUUUUUUGAUUGCUUCUCGAAAACGAGUUUAAAACAAGCGUGUUGAAGACGACCUUGACCAAUACCAAAGGUUAGACUAUUCCAAAAAAAAAACAACACACACACACACAAUCUUUUUCUUUUUGUCGUCGCAGUACUUUCGAAAACUGCUCGGAUUGGAAUAUUAUCCUUUUAUAUUAUUAAAAAAAAAACGAAGGAAUUUUUUUUCUUUUUUCCUUUUUUUUUCUCAUUGACUUUUAUUUUUCUGUUGGUUUUAUAGGAUUAUUAAAAAGAAAACCAUGGAACACGUUGUAAAAGCUGCUACCAAGCGUUGCCCUUUUGUCAGCAAGACAGACGCUACAACCCUCCGUAGAAUGAUGGGUACUGGUCUGGUUCGCGCUGGAUCUCAUUGCCCCGUUAUAGGAGGCGCGCUUCCUACAGGUGACAAGGUUCCUUUCCGAGGUCAUCGUGGAUUUAAGUCUCAAUCCAAACAUAUGGCCAAGGAGCCUUCUCUGGAAGAGAUCCAUUUAAAAGCUGGUGUGACCGACCGAAGCUCUGGUAUGUGUCGUCAUGCGCAAGCAGUCAAAGAAGCCUCUGGCAAACCUAACGAGGUUGCUUCCAUCAAACAAGAAACACUACCAAGUGCAGCCCGAAAUGCUUCUGGAAUCUCUCCAAUGGGUGCUACAAAAUUUGACUACGAAACCUUUUAUCAAGAAGAGCUUCGAAAGAAAAAGCGUGAUAAAUCGUAUCGUUAUUUCAACAACAUUAAUCGUCUAGCUCAGGAAUAUCCUUUGGCCCAUUUGGCAGAGCCAAAUACCCGUGUUCAGGUUUGGUGCAGCAAUGAUUAUCUCAACAUGGGCGGCCAUAAGAAGGUUAGCGACGCCAUGCAUCGUUGCAUAGACACGUAUGGGGGUGGAGCUGGUGGUACUCGUAAUAUUGCUGGGCACAAUCAGCAUGCUAUACGUUUAGAACAGACACUUGCCGACUUGCAUCAAAAACCUGCCGCUCUCGUUUUUGGUAGUUGCUAUGUUGCAAAUGAUGCUACUCUCUCCACUCUUGGUAAGAAAUUGCCAAAUUGUGUUUUCCUAAGUGAUGAAAUGAAUCACGCCUCCAUGAUCAAUGGUAUUCGUAAUUCUCGCUGUGAAAAAAUGAUUUUUAAACAUAAUGAUCUUGUUGAUCUGGAAGCCAAAUUGGCUUCCAUUCCUCUGAACCGUCCAAAGGUAAUUGCUUUUGAAUCCAUCUACAGCAUGAGUGGAAAUGUCGCUCCUAUUUCCGAAAUUUGCGAUCUUGCCAAGAAAUAUGGUGCUAUUACCUUUUUAGAUGAGGUUCACGCUGUAGGUAUGUAUGGACCUCGUGGCGGCGGUGUUGCUGAAGAAACUCCUGGUUUGCUAGACAAAAUUGACAUUAUAACGGGUACUUUGGCCAAGUCUUAUGGUGCCGUCGGUGGUUACAUUGCUGGCUCUUCUCCCUUUGUCGACAUGAUCCGUUCUCUAGCUCCUGGUUUUAUCUUUACUACUUCCUUACCUCCUCAUGUUAUGGUUGGUGCUCAAACAGCUAUUGAGCAUUUAAAAACCUCAAACGUCGAGCGCGAACAACAGCGUUCUGCUGUUCGACGAGUGAAACAAUCCUUGUCUGAAAUCGGAAUUCCCGUUCUUUCUAACGAUACUCAUAUCGUCCCUGCUAUGGUUGGUGAUGCUCAAUUAGCCAAGCUUGCUAGUGAUGCCUUAUUGCAAAAUCAUCAUAUAUAUGUGCAGAGUAUUAAUUUCCCUACAGUAUCUGCUGGGACUGAACGUCUUCGAAUUACUCCUACACCAGCUCACAACACCGAAAAGUACGUCCAAAGCCUGACUGGGGCUAUGGACCAAGUAUGGCGUAGAUAUAACAUUAGCCGCCUGGAUGGAUGGGCUAAUCGUGGCAUAGAUGUAGGACGUUUCUGCAAAUUCCCUGUCCUUCCAUUUACUGCUUCUGGUAUCUAAAAAUUUGUUAUUUUAUUUUAAAAUAGCCUUUCAUAAUACUGCCAGAUAAGUACGCUGUGAAUAAAAAAGUGUUGCUUUAUUCUUUCUAUACACAAUUAUGACUGAAAGUAAAAGUAAGCAAAUAGAGUAGUAGUAAUCGUAGUAUUAAAUCAAAGAGAAGGGAACCGUAUAUAUUAAUUUCUCC